CUGAGCUGGAAGAAUCUCCGAGCCUGGCAGGAUCAGCUGUUGGGAGAAUAUUUUGAGCAGGUUCAGGAUCCUUCGAAGGAACUCUCAAUGCAGAAUAAAACACACACAUUUAGGCAGAUUCGCUUCUUUAAAAGACAAAUACAGUUAUUUACCAUUAAGCCAUUUACUCACGGCGGAGGGCUUUCUGUUUGCAGCUGUAUGUGCACUGCCAAGUGGAGCCAACUUGAGGAAAGAAACAUUUGAAGAACAUCUCUCCAACACUUUGUCAUUUAUCUGAAGUUGGACUUGGAAAGUCGCAUCAUGCCAUAUUUCAGCACACUGUGUGUGUACUUUUUGAUCGUCCUGAACCCAGUUAUGACAAACACCAUCACCGAGGACAUAGACGUUUUGGUAUUUUUGCCACAAAAUAAAUCCUACCCUUUUUCACACACAAGAGUCGCACCGGCGAUCCUUUACGCACAACAGAGGCUGAAGACCGACGGAGGACAAUACUCCGGGUUCCACUUCAACAUCCACUUUGAGAACUCCGACUGUUUGAAUGGUGCUCUGUUCAUGUUAAUGGACAGGUCUUGUGGGCAAAAGCCGGAUCUGAUUCUGGGUCCAGUGUGCGAGUACGAGGCGGCAGCGGUGGUUAGGCUGGCAUCCCACUGGGACAUCCCGGUGAUCUCGGCAGGUGCCCUGGCCGCCGGCUUCAGCAACAAGAACACCGAAUUCUCCCACCUGACCCGCAUCGCCCCGUCCUACGUGAAAAUGGCAGAGACCUUCACCGCGAUGUUUGAGCACUUCACCUGGAAGACAGCACUGCUGCUCUACGAAGACGACAAGGAGGAGCGGAACUGUUACUUCACUUUGGAGGGAGUCUAUCAUCUGAUGGCUGACUUUAACAUUAAAACAUAUGCUUUUUCUCAAGAGGAUCGCUUGGACACGGACGACAUUCUCCAAAACAUCCAUGACACUGAAGUGGUGAUCAUGUGCAUGGGAGCAGACAAAAUACGAGAGAUCAUGCUGGCUGCACACCGGCGACGUUUGACCAAUGGCAGUUAUAUGUUCUUUAACGUUGAACUCUUCAAUGCCUCUUCUUAUGGAAAUGGCUCGUGGAAGAGAGGAGAUAAAUAUGACAAUGAUGCGAGGCAAGCCUAUGCUUCUCUGAACACUGUGACGCUGCUCAGGACAGUCAAGCCUGAGUUUGAAAGCUUCUCCAUGGAAAUGAAAAAGUCUAUUGAAAAAGCUGAGUUUCAUGACUGCAAAGACUGCGGGAAUGUCAACAUGUUUGUUGAGGGAUUCCAUGAUGCUAUGUUGCUGUAUGCAAUCGCCUUGCAUGAAGCUAUGAAAAAUGGAUACAGUAAGAAGAACGGAACAGAGAUCACCUCACACAUGUGGAACAGAACCUUUGAAGGAAUUGCUGGCCAGGUAUCUAUUGAUGUCAAUGGUGACAGAAAUGGAGAUUUCUCUUUGAUGGUGAUGACGAAUGUUGAGGCAGGAACAUAUGAGGUGGUUGCCAACUACUUUGGUGAAAAUGGAACUUUUCAACUACUGCCUGCCUUCAACACUGACCAUUUCACACUGAGAGGAAGACAUAAAGAGCACACAGAGAUACCAGACAAAUCAUGUGGACUAGGAGUAUCAGCUUUGACUGGAGUCAUAGUGGGAGCUGUUCUGGGAACUGCAAUGCUUAUAGCAUUCUACUUUUUCAGAAAAAACUACAGGAUUACUAUCGAGCGUCGCACACACAGUGAAGAGUGUGACACUGGGAAGCACCGUCAGUUACGAGAGGACUCCAUCAGAUCGAACCUCUCCGCAGCGUAAUGGGCUGUAGCAGCAGUCCCUUCACAGAGAAUCACACAUCUCAAUGUGACCAAAGACUUUGCAAUGGUUGUCAGUGGAGCCAUGCUGUUAAAAAUGAGACAUUUUGUGUUUGUAUCCUUUUAAUGUUUUGACGUAUUGUAACUCAGGACAGUUGUAACAGUCACAAAGCACCACUUACUUUGAUUCUCCUGCAUACAAAAGGUAUAUGAUUGUAUUGGUGUAUAGAAAGCUUUGGCCAUAAGAUUUUUUAAAGAUUUUUUUAAAGAAUUUGUUUGAUUCUUUUUAAAUAUUCAGAUGGUGGUUACCAUGACUGUGAAUGAUUGAGAACAGAUGGUGUAUCUAACUCUACAUUUGCAUGCACUAGUGGUGAGGGUGAGGUCUACCUUUGCCUCUCAGGUUGACAGGACAAAUAGAGGCCUCAUGUUUAAGGUUGGUAGAUGAUAAUGGCAAAGCAAAACUUUUGAGAAAUGACUAAAAAUGGAUAUAGGCUCAACCUAUAUCAAUAGGCUAUAAGCUACUGAUAUUAAGCUACUGAUAUUGUAAGAUUUUCAGUUCACCAUAACCUUGCUGAGAUCCAGAUACAAAUGCAAGUCCUCCUUCCUAACUGAGCACAUAGCUCCUAAAAUGAGAAACACUGGGUCAUAGAUCUCUUCUACGUCUUUAAAUUGGCUUAUUUACACUUCUUCCUUUUUAAAGGUGUCUAAUUCAUUGAAAUUGCUACCUGCGUUAGAGAUUGUGGUCCUACUUUCUGAUAAGGCAUACUUUACAAAGUAUGCUAUAUUAAUGAUUAAUAAAUAAUCCACUAAUGCUUUACAGAUCAGUAAUACGCCAGUAGUAAGAACAACUUUGGUUGGGUUGUGGUUCUUCUGGCUUAUAAAGGGAAACUACAAUUUAUUUCAACCUGUAUGAUCUUCCAAGUGCUCAGGUUUGAUGUGUGUUCUGAGAUCUCACACUUUACUUUGGUGAGUACAAUGUUGCAUAGCUGAUCAGAGUGGCCAGAGUAAAUAGUUGUGAAAUGUCUUCUUUUUUUAAAUAGCGAUAGCUAAAACAUAAUGCAAGUUCCCGACUUAUUACUCAUACAUUAUUAAAUAAUUGAUCAACAUUACCAAAUACAUAAGUUUCAAAUUGUAUUCCUUACCAGAGAAAGUGGAACUGAAAUCAUAAUUAAUAGUGGUAGUGAUGAUAGAUAAUUAUAUUUCUGUGUUAUAAAGGCAGUGUGAGAUGCUUUCAGAAGCAGUAAUGACUGUAGUGACCUUUAGUCAUGUGGGUUGCAUUAUUCAUGCAGGAUUUAAAGACACGUUUUUCACAAAAUAAAGACAGUGAACUUGGUAAACAGCCUCCACAGCCUGCUGGUUGAGUUUGUGUGUUGGGGAAAUAUUCUAACAGAUUUAUUGUAUUCAGUUUCAAAAACACUUUUAUUCUGGAGUACCACAUUCCCUUGCUUUAUUUGUAUCUCUGUAUAGUGUUACUAUGAUACUUUUGGUAUCUGGUAGGAUAUAGUGACUUAACGGUGACCUUUAUGUAUUUAAAUUAUUUUGUUAUUCAACAUCAAUAUUUUAAAAUGUGUAUAUCUCAUUAUUGAAUUUAGAGAUUUUAUUAAACUUCAUUCAUUUGGUUUCUUCAUAUC